CAAGAUGGCGGAUUGCUUGAAGCUUAUGUCGGAUCCAUCAACUAGCGUUAGAUUUGGCCUGAAUUCUUCAUAACAAAUGCACUCCUAUAGAUUUUCGAGAGGUGUUCGUGCUGUCGGAAUUCGCAAGUCUUCAGGGAGGUGACACCUAAGGCAAUACAGUGGAGGUUUGCGGGUUUGAAGUGGACGGGACACGAUUUUGAAAGUUGUAUCGACAAAACUGUAUGCAUCGAAAUUUGGAUGGGAUCUAGAUGGUAGUUCAACAGUUACUGGACGAGCCUCCCCUCGUACAAGCGUGCUUCCACGGCGAUGCUACCGAAUUACGGACGUUGAUAAGCCGAAACGAGGAUGUAAAUCGCCAAGAUGAAGAGAAGAGGACAGCCUUACAUGCUGCAGCAUAUUGUGGAGAGAGUGACUGCAUUAGCAUUCUUAUUGCUCAUGGAGCAAGAGUAAACACUAAAGACAGUAAAUGGAUGACCCCUCUCCAUCGUGCCUGUGCCUCUGGAAGUGUGGAGUGUGUCAGGGCGUUGAUCAAUAGUGCAGGGGAUGUCAACGCAAGAGACAGAAACUGGCGGAUUCCUCUGCAUGUUGCUGCUAGCAACAAUCAUGUGCGAUGUGCAGAGGUUCUUAUUCCUCACCUACAAAAUGUGAAUGUGACGGACAGAGCUGGGAGGACAAGCUUACACCACGCAGCAUUCAACGGCCAUGUUGGGAUGGCACAACUUCUGAUAACCAAAGGAGCCCACUUGAAUGCUGGUGAUAGGAAGGACAGAAAGCCAUUGCAUUGGGCUGCACACAUGGGACGCAUAGAGUGUGUAGAAGUUUUGGUUAAAUCUGGAGCUGAAAUUGACUGCAAAGACAAAAAGCAUUACACACCUCUCCAUGCUGCAGCAGCUGGGGGACAGUUAACCACACUGAAACAGCUGUUAGGACAUGGAGCAUCAGUGGAUGCCCCAAACUUGAAUGGUAACACACCGCUUCACAUUGCGUGUCUCAAUGGACAAGACAUUGUCAUAAGUGAACUGAUGAGCUAUGGUGCUUCUGUGAAUGCCACUAACAAGAAAGGCAUGACUCCAUUACACUAUGCAGCAGUGUCAGGGCAAGGUGAUGUUUGUCUUGAACUGCUCCUGAAUGAUGGAGCCAGUCCUAACUUACAGUGCAAGAAUGGAAGGACUCCACUUCAUUAUGCUGCUCUCUAUGGGCGCUGCUCCAGAGCUCAAACUCUUCUCCAACAAGGUUGCUAUGUAGAUGCAACAGAUAUCAGAGGAAACACUCCUUUACAUAUCACUGCAUUACAUGGUCAAGAAUUAUUACUAAGUGUGCUGUUGGCCAGUGGAGCAAACCACACAAGGCGAGGAUCAUUUGGAAUGUUACCUCUUCACAUGGCAAGCUUAGGUGGUUUCACAGACUGUUGUAGAAAGCUGAUAUCAUAUGGUAAUGAUGUGAAUGCAAGAGAUGAUAAUGAUCACACUUGUCUUCAUGCUGCUGCUUGCAGUGGAAAUGUUGAAUGCUUAGGACUUCUUUUGCACAAUGGUACUAAUCACACUGCUUUAGACAAGUUAGGCAGAACUGCCCUUCACUAUGCAGCUGGUCAUGUACAAUACUUUUGUGUUAAAUCACUGGUAGCUACGGGCUGCAGUGUAAAUCAAGUGGACACAAGAGGCUGCACUCCUCUGCACUAUGCAGCAGCAGCAGAUGAGGAGGCCAAGUGUGUGGAAAACUUACUACGAAAUGGAGCCAAUGCAAGUAAAAGAGACAAACAAGGUUACAGUCCAGUACACUACGCUGCUGCCAGAGGACAUAAACUGACACUAGAAAUGUUGUUAGAUGUAGCUGCAACAGAUCUUCUUAAUAAAAGUUCUGGUUCCCCAGCAACCACCCCACUUCAUUUGGUGGCCUACCAUGGUCAUUACCAGGCUCUUCAGGUGCUCCUUGAGUCUUUCUUGGACAUUGAUAUAAGAGAUCAUAAUGGUCACACUCCCCUUUACCUUUCUUCUUUUCAAGGACACGCCGAAUGUGUAGAAUGCCUUUUAGAACACAAUGCCAAAGUAUUAGUGUAUGAUAAAAUAACAAAGAGUACGCCUCUGCAUGCAGCAGCUUACAAUGGACAUACCGAUUGCUUGAGACUUCUACUCCAAUACAGUAACCCAGAGAAUGCUUUAGAUUGCGCUGAUGCAGAUUUAAGAACACCCUUAAUGGCUGCUGUGGGGAAUGGUUUUGUGGAUUGUGCAAAUCUUUUGCUCGGUGAAGGAGCCAAUCUUUUAGCUUUGGAUGUAAAUCAACGUAGUGCUCUUCACAGAGUUGCCGCUAAUGGUCAUGAUGAGUGCGCUGAAUCUCUUUUACGCAGAGAAGCAGAUGCACUUUGUAGAGAUUGCAACGGCCGCACACCUCUUCACUUCGCAGCAGCUUGUGGUCACGUUGGUAUUCUAAAUGGUCUUCUGCAGGUUGCAGGUAGUGGUGUACACAUGGAUAAUCACGGUUAUACACCUCUUCACUGGGCUUGUUUUAACGGUCAUGAUACAUGUGUGGAUUUAUUGUUAGAGGGUGACCAUUCGAGAGUAUUUGAUGGGAACCAGUUUACGCCAUUACACUGUGCGGUUGUAAAUGAUUAUGAAUCAUGUGCAGAAAUGUUACUUGACACAUUGGGCGACGAGAUAGUUAACUUGUGCGAUAAAAAAGACAGAACUCCUGUUCAUGCUGCGGCUUUUAACGACCAAGUAGACUGCCUGCAGCUUCUGCUAGCAAGGGGAGGGAACGUAGAUUCAGUGGAUCAAAGCGGAAGAACACCUCUCGUAAUGGCCGCUGACAAUGGUCAUGCUGGUUCAGUCGAAUACCUAGUAGGGGACGGUGGAGCAGACGUUAAUAUAGUUGAUCAAAGUAAAAACACAGCGUUGCAUGUGUCGUGCCGUCAGGGCAACACUGCUUGCGCUUUAUUGAUUCUGGACAAAAUGGAGGACUUGCAUCUCAGCCUCGCUAACUCUGCUCUCCAAACACCCUUACACUUAUCCGCAAGAAAUGGCUUAGUUCCUGUUGUACAGGAGCUCAUAACAAGAGGGGCGAAUUUACUAGCCGAAGAUGAGGACGGACAUAAUCCUGCCCUCGCUUGUGCACCCAACACACAAGUAGCCGACUGCUUGGCCCUUAUCCUGGCAGCCAUGAUACCCAACUUGGGAUCUCCGAGGGCAACCUCGGAGCGUCUGGAGGAGACAGACGACCACUCAGACGACGACUUAUUAGAUUUUGUGACGCCCUCAAGCAGUGCUACGGUGUGACGGAGACAACUCAUCGGCGUAUUUUUAUUAUAAUUCUAGGAACAAACAUUUUAUAUUUCAAUUUGUCUGAAAGAGUUCAGCCCUGAUUGGGAGGUACAAAUUUCACGGGUGAAGGAAAUUGUUACCGUGCUUUUUCCAAUUCCGUUUUCAAAUUACAGCUGUCCCUUGCAGCCACAAGAACAAGGUAUUUGUCAAAUAUAAUAUCGCUUCAACAGCAAUUUACAGUAUCGCACAAAGGUUUCUUACCAAAGGUGACGUAUCCUGAUGGCGAGAAGCAGCGUGAUACGUCUUGAAUUUACCGCCAUUUCCGUUUCCAUUUUUUUCUUAGGUAUUACAAUAAGUACUGUAUAUUCAGCGAGAAAAAGCCGUUAUGAAAUUUGCCAGUCGUAGUUUGGAUGGAGCUACAGACGUGAGACCUUAGUCUUUAUUACAUAAAUUCGUUUAGUGAUUCACACAGAAGUCUAUAGCGAGUUCAACGAAAUUGUUCGCUCUCUUGUAAAACCCUUUUUUACCUUCUGGAAAACGUCUUUUUUUUCUUUACUCUCAAGUCUCACAUAUGCAGCAUGUGCAGCUCAAUCGAAUUCAAGCCAUGAAAAUCGUUGCAAAAGAUUUGAAAGAUGGCAUUUAAUAAGUAAGGAUGAAAUAAUAUGCAGUAUUUAUGCACGAAGGGAGAUCCCUAUCCAGUCCAAACUUUAAUGCCCAUUCACGCCAAAGCCUAAACCUAUUUUGUAGCUGUAAUGUUAAACAUGGCUUUUAGUUGUUGUUGUUGUUUUUUUUUUCCAUAAAAGCUGCCUAAACCGAUCUUUGUUGCCUUCAAAUUUAGCACAUUGAAAACUAUGGUAAUUUCAGUUUCACAGUCGUCUCCUUUGGAGGCUGACUAAACGCGCUUUGCUGGUGUGAAUGGGGUAUAAGUCCAGAUUUUCCUGAAAAGAAUCUCCAUUCGAACUGAUUACUUUACACAUUCAAUUGAGAAUUGCUUCACUGUGUCAGCUUUUAAAUGCUUGUUUUGUUUAAGUUGUAAUGGCUAUCAAAAUUGCCCAUUCCAGGCCAGUUUCAUUUGAUAUUUUUGUUUUGUGCUUUGCAUCGGGUUAAGGUAUGUAAUGUACAGAUAUUUAAAAUUAUCUUGAACAGAACCGAAGCAAUUUCUUAGUGUAUUUUUUAAACUCAUCACCUCGGUAUCAAUUGUAUCAUAUUUCUGACAUCGUUUUGAUUAAGAAUGGUUU